AUGAUGGAAAUUCACAGUUCCUCGCCAAACGGAGUGUCACCUGAAUCUGCAGAAGCCACAGUUUCUACUUCUGAACAUCAAAUGGUAGCUGAUGAACCAGUGACAACAGUGCCCAUAAAGAAACGAAGAAAUCUUCCUGGAAUGCCUGAUCCAGAUGCAGAAGUGAUAGCUUUAUCACCAAGAACUUUGUUGGCAACAAACAGAUUUGUAUGUGAGAUCUGCAACAAAGGAUUUCAAAGGGACCAGAAUUUGCAACUCCACAGAAGAGGCCACAACUUGCCAUGGAAACUCCGGCAAAGAACAAGCAAAGAAGUAAGAAAGCGUGUUUAUACAUGUCCGGAAGCCACCUGUGUUCACCAUGACCCCUCAAGAGCCCUAGGCGACCUCACCGGAAUCAAGAAGCAUUUCUGCCGGAAGCAUGGCGAAAAGAAGUAUAAAUGUGAACGAUGUUCAAAAAAAUACGCCGUUCAGUCGGAUUGGAAAGCCCACAUGAAAACCUGUGGCACCAAACAGUACCGUUGUGAUUGUGGCACAUUAUUUUCCAGGAAGGACAGUUUUAUUACCCAUAGAGCGUUUUGCGAUGCGUUGGCGCAGGAGAGUGCGCAAUCUCAACCGAUGGUGAUUACAAACUCGGAAGGCGAUUUGAAUGUUCAGAAUGUUCCGGCUGCGGCGGUCAAGCUUCCGGAAUCUAGUCCCCCGCCGCCACCCCUUACACCAUCUACUGGUGUAUUAUCUCCGGUUCUGUCCAUUCAAAGCCCAGAAUUGCCAGAAAAUCAAACAAUGAAGCCAGUAUCGGCAGCUUUAUCUCCAUCGGUCACCACUACCAAAACAACCGCCGCUACCACCACAGUGGCCGGCGGCGGCUCUGCCUCUAGCGGUAAUGCCGCCACCACCAAUGGAGUAUUUGCUGGAAUAUUAACUGGGUCAGCAUCUGAUGAACUCUCUCAAUCAUCAAUUCAACCAUCAUCGUACUCGGACCUGUUAUUUGCUAUGGCGGGAUCAGAGCGUACCGGCAACCCCAUAGAUUCUAUGUCACUCUCCCUUUCGCCGGCUUUAUAUCUCUCCAAUGGUGCAUCAUCUUUAUUCUUCCCAACAUCGCAUGAUCACCAGAGGCAUUAUGCAUCAAAUCCACAGCCAGCAUUAUCGGCAACUGCUUUGCUUCAGAAAGCUGCUCAGAUAGGUGCUACAUCAUCGAAGUCCUCGUUUCUUGGAUUGGCAAUGUCAUCUUCAUAUGAUCCUCUAGAUAAUGCCUCGACCUCGACCAUGGCUUCUAGUACCACUGGCCGCACAAUGCUUUGGAACAAACAAGUGAAGCUCGAAAACAAUUUGUUGGCAUCUGGGAUUGGUCUCAGGCUCCCCUCUAGUAGUACUACCGGAUCGAAUGACUUGAUGUUGGGGCAAUCGACGCUCUUUGACAACAAUCCGACUACUCUUGAUUUCCUUGGUCUAGGAAUGGGCGGUAGUGAAGCCUCCCCUGGUGGAUAUUCGGCCUUCCUAACAUCGAUUGGAGGUGGACUUGAUAUGCCGACUACUUCAUUUGGUGGCACAAACUCGGCUAGAGAAACUUGGGACGAUCCGUCGGAUAGGAAGCCUUCUAUGCUACAAUGA